UCUCUUGAAAAUCCUGUUUUUCCUUAAAUAAAUAAUGCUGGUUCCAUGAAGAUUGUAUCAAAGUUGUCUUCCAGCUUUCCUGCAGAUUUAUCGGGCUGAAGGUCCCAUAGCCCUUCCCUGCCUGCCCCGGGCCAAGGCUGUUGGACCACACCAUCUCUCUGGUGGCAAAGGGUUAUCCUCCACCUCUUCUCCUACACUCCCCCCCCCACCUGCUCUGUGGUGGGCCAUCGUAACUUUGUGACACGUGUGGUUGCUGAGGUAACCAAGAGCCAGUAAGGAGUCGCUCCAAGUGGCCACUGCCUCCAGAGCAGUGGGAAGGUGCCAGUGCCAUCGCUGUCAGCAUCUCCAUCGCCUCCCACAGGUGAGCUGGGUCCACUCCUCACCCAGAGGGAGUGAAGGGUCCUGGGAAGCCCCGGUGAGGCCAACCAGAGCCCCUACCACCUCCUUCAUGCUGGCAGCACACAGCCUCCCCCGUACAAGCUUGCCUGACUCUUGCCCUGGAGACGUGCAGACCCACACAAGAUUUGGGUUGACAGCCUGCAAACAACCUUGAAACCCAGAGCCCCUGGGGGAAGCACGAGGCUGUAGGAGAGGCUGGUAUUGCAAAAGAGCUCAAGGGUGUCUCACAAGCAGCAUGAAUUGGCCACUCAAGACGUGGUAGAGUGACCUGCAAUCCAAGCAGUGGCUUUUUUUUGCACUCAGAGAUCUGUGGUACCUGAUCGCAGUGGUCUAAGUUGAUCAGUAGAUGAAAAUGUACUGGUGUCCAGAGGAGGACACCCUAAUUGAGGGAGGAGUUCAGGGGAUGAAGUGAGAUGGGGCCCCCUCUUUGGACACUACUUGCAAGAAGAUAGGUGAGAUUUGAACACCUCUGUAAGGUCUGGAUGAAAAACUCACCCAGUUCAUCCUCAAAGAACAGGCAAAGUGUAAAUCAGCUUACAAAUUUGUUACUGAGAGAGUCUAAGUGAAACCUGAAUUUCAAAAAAGCUCAGAAGCUUUGACUACCUCAUUCCUUCCCACGCAGCAGUCAUUGAUUCUCUUGAGAGUCCCCCCCCCCCACUUCCUUUGCCUUGCCUAGGGUCCCAUCCUCUCCCUGCCUCAAUCCCGCCAGGAUCCCAGUUGUCAUAGUUGCCACAUGGUGGAGAGAUACCUGUGGGUGGCACCCCUUGCAGUGCUGGAGGUGAGGCGCGUGGGCCACGAGUGUCUCCAGACGGCCUCGGCUCCUUCCCUGCCAACCUCUUUGCUCCACAGCAGCAUUAUGGAGGGAGUAGAAAACGCUUUCCGUAAGUUUGCGGUAUACGGUGACCCAUCUGGCAGUGGCAAUGACAUGACUGGGAAGAACUUCUCCAAGAUGUGCAAAGAGUGUGGCGUGAUGGAUGGGAAAGCCGUGACCAGCACCGAUGUCGACAUUGUCUUCAGCAAAGUCAAGGCCAAGGGUGCCCGGACCAUCACCUUUGCUGAGUUCCAGCAGGCCAUGAAGGAGAUCUGCGGCAAGCGCUUCAAGGGCAAAUCACCGGAGGAAGCGCUGCAGGCUGUGUAUAGCCUCAUUGAGGGGAAGGAGCCUGGCAGUGUGGGCACCACUAAAGCCACCAAGGCUGGUGGGGUCGAGAGGCUGACGGACACUAGCAAAUACACAGGCAGCCACAAGGAGCGCUUUGAUGAAAGUGGCAAAGGGAAGGGUCUCGCUGGUCGCCAGGAACUGACGGACAACAGCGGCUAUGUUGGAGGCUACAAGGGAGCUGGCACAUACGACCAGACGCACUAGGACUGAAGCUGCUUAAGGAAACAAGGACU